ACUACCCGCUUACAUCUGUUAAUUGUUUAUUUACAAAAUAAAUUGAAAUUAUUAUAAAUAAUGAACUCCUCUGGUGAAUUGCACCCAAACUGGCUGGCUUUGACCACUCUGCCAUUGCAGCUAAAGCGGUUCGUUCGUGCAGGAGAUCCAGAUAGUGUUCCCGAAUCCCCGAGUCCGAUCAAACACAAAAUUGAUGGGUUAAAUGGAUUGGAGGCCCAGGAGUUCUACAAGGAGGUUCUGGAUGUACCUACCACCCGUCAAGUCUCAGUUCCUUCUCCUAGUAAAAGAAAGGAAACAAGGAAGGUCCAACAAAAACCCCAACAGCCUUUUGAUAGGAGUAAAUUCUUCCGUUUGGCCACCAGCAACAAAGUGGAGGAGCUGUCCGAAAUGAAAAUCUCCGAAGAAGAGCUCAAUUCCCGGGAUUCCUUUGGCUGGACUGCACUGAUGAUGGCUGCCUGCGAAGGAGCCACCGAAGCGGUAGCUUGGCUUCUCCAGAAAGAUGUCCUUGUGGAGAUUGCAGACAAAUCCGGAAAUACAGCUCUUAAACUAGCCCAGCGAAAAGGUCACUCGGAAAUAGUACAACUAUUGGAAACUCUACCCAUUUCCGAAGAAACCAGCGAUGAGGAAGAGGCAAUCGAUAUCAACAGCCCCUUUUACUGCGAAAUCUGCAAAAGGGAUUACAAGGAGACUCCCUGGCCUGUUCAUCAAACCUCCACGGUGCAUCAGUUCAAUCUGGAGCACCUCCCCGCCCAUAAACUGCACAAGUUUAAUAUAUCCGCCAAGAAUCGCGGCCUUCGCUUGAUGGUGAAGCAGGGUUGGGAUCAGGAGCACGGCCUGGGACCCAGUCAAAGUGGACGAUUGUAUCCCGUGAAGACCGUUCUUCGCAAGCAACGCACUGGCUUGGGCAUCGAACAGCAGCCGGCAAAGGUAACCCACUUUGGAGCCUUUGAUUUAAACGCUGUUAGAAGAAGAGAUCCAAUAUAUCAACCGAGACGAACGCGAAGCGAUAUGCAGCGGGAAAAGGUGCGGGAAUGGAAGCGGGAAAGGCAUCUCCGCAGGGAAUUAAGUUAAAAUAUUUUGAAGAUAGAGAUUAUUUAGUUUGUAAAUAUCCAUCUGUUAUUACAUUAUACCGAUGACCAAAACAGUUAUAAUUAUGAUUAAAAUAAAAAGUUACUAAAUUAAUGAAAGAGA